AUGAUUGGUAAAAAUGAGGCUAGUGAUUUGGGUGUGCGUGUAGGACCGAUUAAAAAGUGCCAUCCCGUUUGUCAAAAGGGCAAGUGGAUAGUGAUGGCUCCGUUCAUAAAGGAUGAACGAUUACAAAAUUCCUUUCACUUGAUUGACAUUCGACUCUUUUCUUCAUGCUUGAGCCUCGGCGGUCCUCCUGCAUAUGCGGUAUUGAUGUGUUGCCUUAACACUCUGAUCGUUGUUGAUAACGAGCUCCUAAGCUUUAAGCUUGACGUGUAUGUCGCCUGGGACCAUGGAACGGAGGAAUGUGACAUUGUCACUUUUCUCCGAGGUUUGAUCGGUUUCUCUUCAAGCAUGAUCCAGUAA